AUGACUAACAGACACGUCUCGUUAACACCAGGUCUGCGGAUGAGUAUAACACAAAAAUUAAGUGUUGAGGAUCAACAAACAAAAGCAUUUGCGUCAUACAUCAAUUACACAUUGGGGUACCAAGAACCUCUUGUGAAUAGUCUGUGCCCAGAUUUGGAAGACGGAACUAUUUUAAUGCGUUUCGUCGAACAAAUCACAACUAACUUUUACCCAAAACCUCACGUUGUUAAAACCCCCUUCGACAAGUUGCAAAACUUGAACUGCGUCUUCGACUAUUUGAAGGACGAGAAACUUAAUUUAACUUCAAGCGCUGAAGACAUUUUGAACGGAAAUAAAAAGUCAACUCUUGCACUCAUUUUCCAAUUGAUAUUGAGAUACCGCUUGUUCAACAUCAAGUUCAAAAUGACUGAUUUCAGUCACUGGAUUUACUCGUUAGUAAAAGACGAGAAAGAGUGUUUUGAUGUGAAGUUCUGUUUGUCGAAUCCAACAAAUUGGAAAACGUUAAUGAACUCCAUACAAGCAGAUACAAUUACUGAUGAGGAUUUACAUGUGAGUGAAGACCCAAUUGAGCAGAUGGCGCAAUGCUUUAAAAAGGCAAAAGACGUGUUGGGCUUCCCCAAUUUGUUAGACCCCAAAGAGACUGCAAAUGGCUCAGUUGAUGACUUCUGUCUCUAUCUUUACUUGACUUAUUUUGUGAUUAAUGGCAACAACCAAGAAAAUGACGAACAACUUGAGUCGUUGAGGAACAACAUUGCGCUAAGCAACAAAACAAAACGAGAUGAGAAAAUUGAGAAAAUGAAGAAGGAUAUAUUGGUGUUAGAAGACGAGGAGAAAGAGAUUGCGACCACAAUUGAACAGCAAAAUAGCGAUAUUGACAUUUCUAUCUUCUCUGAACAAAUUCAAACACUCGGAACGGCGAUUUUGAAUGAAAGUGGAGACGACAGAGUGACACAACAUCAGCACGAUAAGAUGAUGAAUGUGAUCAAAUCAAACGAAGUGCGAAUUUCCGACUUGAAGAGGAAGUUGGACCAAAUUCGGUUUGAUUUGGCGAAGCAAAGUAAAGAGGAGAACGUCGUGUUGUUUCAAAAGAGUUCGAAAGACCUUAAAGAACAACCGACGACGCCGAAGGACAAAGAGAAGUAUUCAUUGAAAGGGAUGGUGAGUGGAUUUAAAGACGUGUUUAAGAAAGAGAAGAAAGAAAUGAAUGACGAAAAUGGAAGUGCUGAGUGUGUGGAGUGUCAGAGACUCAAAAAGGAAGUCACCAAACUGAAAGAAGAAAUUGUGAAGACGCGAGCCGAGUCGAAAAAGAUGGUCCAACAGACAACACAACAACUGAAUGAGUGUCGGACCGCCACGUUUGAAUUAAAUGAAGUGAAAAAUGUGAAUGAAAAACAGAAGGAGGAACUCGAGAAGAUGCGCAAAGAGAAGGAGACGACGAGCAAUCAACACGAAUUUGUUCUGAAAAGGAAAAGUGACGAAAUCGAAGACUUGAAAAGAGCAAAUGAAGAGAUCAAAAAGGCGAAGGAAAGUCUUACAUACCAAAUGGCAACGCAAUUUGAUGCGAUGGAAAAGGAGAAGGAAGAAAUGCAAAACGCACUCAACACGACAAAAAGCACAGAAGAAGAAAUGAAGAGCAAAUACGAAGGUACUGUGAACGAGUUGAAUGCGAAAAUAGAAGAAAUGACUUCACAAGUUGAGAAGAGUCAAAAUCAGUGCAAAGAACUUUCUCAACAACUUGAAGAGAAAAUGAAGAACUUUCAAAAUGAGCAAAAUGAAAAACUCCAAAGCGACGAAGUGUAUAAGAAAGAAGUCCAAAACCUUCAAAACCAAAUUUCUGUGUUGAACAAAACCAUCGAAGGGUUACAAGAAGAGAACAUUCAAAUGAAUGCAAGGGAAAUGGAAAUAACAGAUUUGAAAAGUAAAAGGAUGGAAGACGAGAAGAUGCUGAAAGAAAAGGACGUGGAAACACAACAACUUUACACACAGCUUUUGAGUGUUCAAAAUGAGUUGGAAGAAGUGAAGAAAAGUCGAGUGCAGACCACAGAAAAUGCCACACAACAACUCGAAGAAUUGCAGAGAGAAAAUUUAGAAUUGAAAAUGUCAGAAGAACAACUGAAAGAGUCAUUGGAGUCAUUACAAACACAACUGAACAAGUCGCGAAAUGAAGAGGAAGAAACAAAGGAACAUAUGACGCAAAUUGAUAAGGAGAAGAUGGAGCUGAACGCUUUAAGGGAAAAGCAAGAAGUUGAUAUUAACUCGAAGCAAACACAAAUUGAUAUAUUGAAAGAACAACACGACAAAAUGUGUGAAGAACGAGAUGACUUGAAACGCGCGAAUGAACAACUUCAGAGUGACAAGACUGACUUAAAGAAUAAAUACGAAGAAGUGUUGAAGCAAAAUGAAUCGAAACAUUUGAAUGAAUGUGCCACUUUGAAAGGCACAAUCGAAACACUUGGAAAUGAUGUGAAAGAACGACAAACACAAGUUGAAGUACUUUUAAAGGACAACACAAAUUUAAAAGGUGAAGUUGAAGAAUUAAAGUGCGAGACGAACGACGUGAUGAAGGAAAGAGAACGAGAAAUGGAAGAAAAGAAAACCCAACUUGAACACAUCAAAACAGCAAAUGAAGUGCUUCAUACACAAAUUAAAGAAGAACAAGAUAACAACAAGAAACUCACUUCUUUAAUCCAAGAGAAAGAAAAUGAAAAUAAAAAGCUUUCUGAUGACUUGGUGAAGCAACAAGUGAAGACGGAAGAGUUUUAUCAAUCACGAGAAGAUGAAUUGAAGAAAAUGAAAGUCAAAAUUGAUCAACUCACGACGAACAACACACAACUGUGUGUUACUAUUGAAUCACAGAAGAAUGAAAAUGCUCAACUCAAAGAAAGUGUCGAGAAGAACAAAAAGGUGUUUGAAAAGUUGGAAGAAGAAAAUAAGAAUUUGAGAGACGAGGUGGAGAGUGCGACAACGCAAACCGUCGAGUCGAUUAAGAAAUCAAUGGAAGAAAAGGAACAGCUGAUUUCACAAAUAGAAGAGACCAAAACCGAGAACGAACGACUGAAAAAGGAAGUGCAAGAACACGUCGAUACAUCGGAAGAGCUAAGAAAAGAGUUAAUCUCCAACACAAAUCUUUUGAAAGAGAUGAAACAAAAUGUUUCUCAGCUGGAAAGAGAGAAGAGUACUUAUGAAGGUAUCAGAGCAGAGAGAGACGACGCGUUGAGAACGAACUGUCAGAUUCAAAGUGAUUUUGAAGAGGAAAGAAAGAGACUUUCUCUACAACUUGAAGACAAAGAGUCUGCAAAUUUGGAGAUGCGAAAGGCGAAUGAGAGUUACAAGCAACAGAUUGAUGUGAUGAGUGUUGAUUUAGAGAACAAAAAUACGGCAAUAACUCAGUUACAAAAUACAAAUGAAGAACUUUUGCAGUUACAACACCGUCACGAAGAGAGUAUUCAAACACUUUCAGAUGACAAUGAAGCCAUUCGGACUGAAUUGAAUGAGUUGAGAGUCACUCAAAAAGAAAUAGAAGAAGCUAAAACGACACAAGACGCAAUGAAAAGUGAAUGUGAGUUGUUGAAAAUGAAAGUUACUGAGUUGACUAAAUUGAAUGGGGACUUAACAACACUUGUCGAACAAGUCAAUGAGAAAAACACCACCACGCUGAAAGAGAAAGAAAAGAUGGCGGACGAAAUUGUGACAUUCAAACAGAUCAACGACGAGAAAGAAGACAAACUCAAAGAAGCGUACAAAAGAAUUUCAAGUGCAGAGAAGGAGAAAAUGGAGGCGAAGAUUCGCAUUGAGGAACAAGAGAAAUUGAAUGCAAUGAAAGACGGUAACAUUCAGAAUUUGAAAGGAAGUGUUGCGACACUCACCGACAAAGUCCUGCAAAAAGAUGAAGAAAUGAAAGUGAUGAAAGGGGAGAACGUCCAAUUAAGAACUGAAAAGGAAGAAGUCAUUGACAAAUUCACACAACGCGAAUUCGAUUUGAAGGAACACAUUGAAAGGAAGAACAAUGACUUCAACACGUUACAAAAGACGUUUGAAAUACAUCAAAAUGAAUGUGCAAAAGAGAAGGAACACCUUCAAGAGGAGGUCGAUGAAGGAAUACGCCGACUCGAAGAGAGUCAACGCCGCGAGAGUGAGUUGAAAGCGAGUGUAUUGAAGUGUCGCGAAGACUCUAUACAACAAAGAGAGAGUGUAAAUACUUUACUUCACAAAGUUGAGAGCUUUGAACACGAGAAACAUGCACUUGAGGAGAAGACACUUGAAUUACAGAAACACAUUGAAGCACUUCUGAAGGAAAAGGAAGAGAAUGACCCCGUCCAAGGCGAGCCACAGAAUGAAGAUCACACACACGAGAAGACAAAGAAUGUGAGAAAUGAAUGUAUGAAGGCCUUUAUUGUCGACGAUGUAACAGAAAGGAAAACUCUCUUCAAUUGUUUAGCGCUUUCCAUCACGGUAUUGGCUAAGAAGAAAUUAACAACAGGAACAAUAGAACGACUCUUUAGAGACGCUGAAAAGUACGAAAUACCUGUAGGGAAGUAUGUGAGUUACAUCACGUCGAAUUUAGUAAAAUAA